AUGAUAAAACUCCCCCUCCCGCCAAUCCAGGCGAAGAGCACAAGAACGAGCCCGCGGACGAGAACGAGGGCGGAUGCUGAUGUUGAACAGCUUAUUCUUAUUGACCGGGUUGUUCGACGCUUCCGUGUCAUCUUCGAGAUUUUGCCUCAUUUUUUUUUUUCAAGUAUGCAUUUAUUUUCAUCGGCUUUUUAUCGAUCAACAAAAAAAAUCACUCGCCUUUCAGAUCACAAACAAUUUUUGCAAGCACUCCAUUUUUCUACAGAACGACGAACACAAAUGUUGCGACUUAAUGCAGUAGGUACCCAUGAUGAGGACUAG